AUGCUGUCUCCCAAAUCAGAGAAGCCCGAGCCGGUCUCGAUUUCCCCCCUGCUCCAGCGCCUGGCCUAUCCUGCCUCAGCGGAGAUCCGAGUUAGCGCUGAGGAUAUUGCCUCUGCAUUCGCUCUGAUCUUCGAGGACCGCCUGUCGAUGAUUCAGACCGCAGCGCUAUUGACUCUAUUGCACUCCACGCGCAAGGACAAGGAGGCUGAUGUCAUUGCGAAAUGCUCGCAUCGGAUGCGAGAGGCUGCAUGCCAGGUGGAGAAGGACUCAUUGAAGAAGGUGGUCAAGGCUCGUGGCAAACGAGAGGGUAACUACAAUGGCGGAUUGUGCGAUAUCGUCGGCACCGGCGGUGACUCACAUUCGACCUUCAACAUCUCUACGACGGCCUCGAUCGUUGCCUCCCCGCUCCUGAUGACCGCCAAACACGGCAAUCGCGCCCAGACUUCAUUCUCAGGGUCUGCCGAUGUCCUCAAUGCAAUCCAGCCCGUGCCUCCCAAGCUUACGGCGGUCAAUGCCGAGAGCAUGGUGAAAGUGUACGAGGAGACAAACUAUGCGUUCUUGUUUGCGCCCAAUUUCCACCCGGGAAUGAUGUACGCCGAUCCCGUGCGCCGCUCCCUCGGCCUCCGAACCAUUUUCAACCUUAUGGGCCCGCUCGCAAACCCAGUCGAUUGGGCACUGGAGGCGCGCGUUGUUGGCGUGGCGUACCAGGCACUGGGGCCAGUUUUCAUUGAGGCUCUGAGGCAAAGUGGAGCCAAGAAAGCGCUGGUGGUCUGCGGAGAAGAGGACAUGGAUGAGAUCAGCUGUGCGGGCAAGACAAAUUGCUGGAGACUCUCCGAGUACCCCAACCCGGCGUACGACAAGUCGUCGGCUGGCGAGCAAGACUGCUCGAGUGACGAGGAAGAGAUACCUCGCACGUUGGUCAAGCUCGAGACUUUCCAGCUGCAUCCGUCAGACUUUGGUCUGCCCGUCCAUCCUCUCACAUCUGUGUACGGGCGGAAGAUGCCCAAGGAGAACGCCGCGAAGCUAAUGGCCAUUCUCCGCAACGAGCUGCCGCGCGAAGAUCCGAUCUUGGAGUUCGUGCUCAUGAACGUGGCUGCUCUGCUGGUCACCUCUGGCAUUUGUGAGGCCGAGACCAGCAACAUGGGCCCCGGGGAUGACGGCAAGGUCAUCACGGAGCGUGGGCCCGGCGGGGGUCGCUGGAAAGAAGGUGUGCGACGGGCACGCUGGACCAUCGAGAGCGGCGCCUCUCUUAAGUGCCUGGAGCAGUUUAUCGAAGUCACCAACCGACUCUGA